AUGGGGUAUAAAAGUACAAAUGAUGCUUUUGAAAAUGCUGCUGAAAAUGGAAAUCUUGAAAUUAUUAAACAUUUACAUGAAUUAGGGUAUAAAGGAAAAGGACCGGCAGUUAAUUUUGGAUAUGAAUUAGGGUAUAAAGUUACAGAAUAUGCAAUUGAUAAAGCUGCAGAAAAUGGUCAUCUUGAAGUAUUAAAAUAUUUACAUGAAUUAGGGUAUAGAGGAACAGAAUUAGCAAUUGAUAGCGCUGCAGAAAAUGGACAUCUUAAAAUAUUAAAAUAUCUUCAUAAAAACGGGUAUAAAGGAGCAGAAGAUGCAGUUAAUAAUGCUGCAAGGAAUGGACAUCUUAAAGUAUUAAAAUAUCUUCAUAAAAACGGGUAUAUAGGUACAGAAUAUGCAUUUAAUUGUGCAGUAAAUAACCAGAUAAGCGAAGAAUCAGAUAGUAACCUUGAAAUUAUUAAAUAUUUACAUAAAUUAGGGUAUAAAGCAAUUAUUCGCGCUAUAGAAAAUGGUAACCUUGAACGAGUAAAAUAUUUGCAUAAAUUAAAGAAUUAUUAUGAAGAAUUAGCAAUUAAUUAUGCUACUGAAAAUUAUGACUUUGAAUUUGAGCAACAAUUAUAUAAAUUUAAGUAUAAAUAUGAAAAAUGUGCAAUUAGUUCUGCUGCUAUAAACGGCCACUUUGAAGUAGUAAAAUAUUUACUUGAAUUAGGGUAUAAAUGUGAUAAAUUAGCAAUUAGUUAUGCUGCUAUAAAUAACCACUUUGAAAUAUUAAAAUAUUUACAUGAAUUAGGGUAUGAAUGUUAUGAUUGGACAAUUGAUUAUGUUGCUAAAAAUGGUCACCUUGAAAUAUUAAAAUAUUUACAUGAAUUAGGAUAUAAAGGUACAGAAGAUGCAAUAGAUAAAGCUGCUCGAAAUGGUCAUCUUGAAAUAUUAAAAUAUUUACAUGAAUUAGGGUAUAAAGGAACAAAAGAUGCAAUAGAUAAAGCUGCAGGAAAUGGUCAUCUUGAAGUAAUUAAAUAUUUACAAUCAUUAGGUUAUAAAUAA